AUGGACAUUUUAAACCUGCUGAAUCACCCUACCAUGUCUCGACCCGCUAUUACUAGCAAAUCAAACACACAACAUAAACCCUAUCAAUGCAAUUGGCACGAUUGCGAAAAGAGAUUCUCUAGAAGAUCGGAUUUAUCUCGCCACCGAAGAAUCCACACCGGCGAAAAGCCGUUUCAGUGUCAUUGGCCUGGAUGCAAAAAGCAAUUCAUACAAAGAUCUGCCCUGACGGUUCAUACAAGAACGCACACAGGCGAAAGGCCCCACGUAUGUGAGGUGUCAUGUUGUAGAAAAUCGUUUAGUGAUUCUUCCUCUUUAGCUCGCCAUCGAAGAACUCACACGGGAAAUCGGCCUUACGCUUGUGAAUGUGGGAAAUCAUUCACUCGUAAAGCAACAUUGUUAAGGCACCAAAAGGCGCAUCAUCUACCAGGCUCUUUAACCUUGAUGCCCGAGCAUCGACCACAGCCAGCACAACAACAACAACAACAACAAACAAAGUACAACUAUGAAAUGUUGUCAAAUUAUCAUCGCAGUGAGUCUCCCGAAUCAUCCGACCACAGUAGUGAAUCAAGCAUCACCAGAUACUCCCCACUACUGUCGCCUGUUAUGGACUCUUAUAAACAAUCCAAACAGCAACAACACCAUGCUGCUUCUGCAUGUAUGCAUCCAUCAUCGCCAAUAGAUAUGAACUCGUACAUUUUACCUCCAUUACAAUACUAUCACUAUAUCAAAACUUGA